AUGGACCUGAUCGGUUCUCUGAAUCAGACCCUGGACCCCAUGGAAGACAUGUACGAUGAGAACUACGGCGACUCGUUUGAGAGACCGUGUGAGCAGAUACCGGAUCUGGACCUGGUUUUGGGUCCGUACGUCCACUCUGUCAUGUGUGUCCUGGGACUGAUGGGGAACUUACUGAUGCUGCUGACCCUCAAGUGCUCCAAGUCCGAGACCAGCUCCACCCAGAUUUUGCUGGUAAACUUGGCCGUCGCCGACCUACUCCUCGCCCUGGUGUUACCACUGCUGGUUGCCAUGGAGAUGGAGGCGUGGCCUCAGGGGGCGGGGCUUGGCUCAGUGGCCUGUAAGCUUCUCCGAGGAGGCUACAGUGUGAGCCUUUAUGUCGCCGCCCUGCUGUUGGCGGCGGUGAGUGUGGAUCGCUACGGCGCCGUGGUGCACGCUCGCUCACGUGCACACUCACGUGCACGUUUGCGUCUCCGCAAACUCACCGCCGCCCUCGUGUGGACGUGUGCGCUCACACUCAGUCUGCCCAACUUCAUCUACAAUGAGCGCUACACACCGCAGCACCAUCAGAGGGAGGAGCAAGCCUUGCAAGGGGGAGGAGCCGGACUGCAGCCCUCCCACCCUCCCACCCUUCCCCCUGGCCCCGCCUCUCCCCCUGACCCCGCCCCUCCCCCUGGCCCCGUCCCACUCAUCUGCGACUUCAAGUUUGGCCACGCCCACACGGCCCGCUCGGUGAAGGUGCUGGUGCCGGUGCUGCAGAUGUCGGUGGGCUUCCUGCUCCCCCUCGUGGUCAUUUGCUUCUGCUAUGGAGCCAUCGUGGUGACACUGCUGAGGGGGCGGGGCCAUAGGGGGCGGGGCUUCAGGAGAGAACGUGCCGUACGUCUAGUCCUGAUGGUGGUGCUCGUGUUCGUGUUGUGCCACGCCCCCUUUAACCUGACGCUAUUGUUGAAGACGGUGACACAGUUUAGGACAAUUGACUGUGAGAGCUCAAAGAUGAUCCACUCUGCUCUCUCUCUGGCUCAGACUCUCGCGCUGCUUCACUGUGUGUUGAACCCACUGCUCUACGGUUUUAACUCCGCCCCCUUCAGGAAGCGAUUCUGUCAGCUGCUGGACAAGCUCCGCCCACAGAGACACCUGUCCUUCAACAGCCAAUCAGAGCGCACUACACAGAGACACCUGUCCUCCAGCAGCCAAUCAGAGCGCACCACACAGAGGCACCUGUCCUCCAGCAGCCAAUAA